AUGAUGAAAUUCACUAUUCUCUCUUACUUAGAUGAGAAAGAGACCACAGCUUCUCUGGCAGUAGUAAUUCCAGUUGUCGAAUUAAGACAAAAAGGUCGAUUUGCUGGAUUUUCCCUUUACAUUUCCAACACACGAAACAAAGAGGACGGUCAUCUUUGCUACAAGAACACGAUUCCAUUACCUCCCUUGGAGUUUAAUACAACAUGUAUAGGAUAUGGUCGUUACGUCAUCUAUUACAAUGAACGACUGGACGGAGUUACGUACCCUGAAGGAUAUCAAAAUCCGACAUACACACAGUUAUGUGAAGUCAAAGUAGAAGGGUGUGCUAAGACAGGAGUAUACGGAGUUAACUGUUCAUUACUAUGUCCAAAAAAUUGUUAUGAAAACAAAUGUAAUAUUGUGAAUGGAAUAUGUCUGAGUUGUGGUCAAGGGUGGAUAGGAGACAAGUGUACAGACAAAUGUCCAUCGGGAUGGUAUGGCACUGCGUGUCAAAAGCAGUGUGUUGGAUAUUGCAGAGGAAACAUUGCAUGUAACCACGUGACAGGAUAUUGUGAAGGUGGUUGUGCAGAUGGGUGGACUGGGAGGCUAUGCAAUAAACCUUGUGAAGCCGGAUCGUAUGGUCCUGACUGUGUUCAUAACUGUAGUGGUUACUGUUUGGAUAACAAAUACUGCAACAAAGAAAAUGGACACUGCGAUAAUGGUUGUAGCCCGGGAUAUUCAGGCGAUCUUUGCGACAAGUGUGAGUAA